AGCGCAAGAGAGCGCGCACAUAAUAAUAAUAAAAUCAUGUGUUUGUAAUUCUACGCUCCAUUAGUGUCGCCGUUUUGUGUUGUUGCGGGAGUCGAUUAACUUUUACUGUUUGUGAUGAGUAUUUGUUUCUCCCUUUUGGCUCUUCUGCUGUUGUUGCUCCUCGAAACCGGCCGGGAGUGCCAUCGGAGCAAAAAUCAGAGACAAAUGGUUUCAGUUGUAAAUUGACAUCACUCCGCCGAGCAGCUCUGCGAGUCGAGCGCUACGCUAAGCAAACGUAAAGCAAAGCAAGCCAAGAGAGCGUAGCAAGUCGUGUACCGUUUAUCGUUCGUGGUUUCGUGGCCUACUGGGCUGCUGAACUGUAGCAUUAGUGCUAGUACGUAGUGGUGUGGAUUGCAGUUGAUGCCCCUCAAUCGUCGUUAAUAGCCGGAUAAAUUGACAUUGAGUGCUUUCUGGGGCUCUGUGGAAUUGGCCGUUGUCUCCCGCAAAGAGGACACUGCACACAGUUGGCGGAGUACUUAACGUUUGAAUCGUCUCGUCAAAAGGAGAACUUGAUUGGAGAAUCGUUUGAACCGAAGCAUUUAUGGUCUCCCUCCCAGCAAUUGUUGUGUGCUAAUUGAGUGUGAACGCGCAGUGAAUAAUUAUUGACAGCCGAUUUUUUUGUUUCGAGUGAAAUUCUGUGAAAAAAAAACCUCCACGCGAAGGACCCAUGAUUUGCCGGUUUGGAUAAAUUCCCCUCGGAUAAAGGCAGGCGCAGCAGAGAAGAAAACGAUCACCUCAUCAGGACGCGCACAUAUUCAUGGAAUACCACGAACAACUCACCACCAGUCUGACGUUCCCCCACAGUAAACAAUAGGUGACCAAAGACUUCUCUCCGAGCGAAAGCCGUGGCAUCCGUUGAGCGACAUGACACAGGCUGAAGAGGUUCGCGAGGUUAACCAGGUCUGCAUUACCAACACUCCCGAUCUCCACACACAGGCGGCACAGGUUGCCGAUCGAAAGUCACCCCCACAGCCUCCAGUUCCUCCAUCUUCGGCCAUUAGUAGUACAUCGCCCUCCAAUCACCGCAAUGGCGAAGACUCUUCGUGGCACCCUAGUACAAACCUAGAUGGCAUUUUCACCUCUAACUGGUCCAGCAAUGGCAAGUGGCACCCCCACGUGUAUGCCAAUCCACCAAAGCAGCCAACUCCGCACUCGAUCAUGGACAUACUUGGCUGGAAGGGAUCUGCGGGGAAGGUCGUCGAACCACCCGUCAACAACAACAACCACAUGGUGCCAUAUCUGUUGCAAAGCCUCAACGCAACGAAAGAAGACAACGAUGAUCAACCGCUGAACUUAUGCAUUUCUAAACCUACGACUCAGCCGUCAGUGGAAAGGGUAUUCGAGAAGCAUUUGGAAGAAGAAACUACACAGGAAUCGGUGCGAUCGGUCAGUCGGGAAAGGACCCACUCAACCGAUGCGGAGUCGGAAAUCUACGGGUCAAACGAAUCGCAGCACUCGAUGAAGGAUUCGUCCUCGACGAGUGGCCAUAAAGUGCCAUCGCUGGGAGGUGGCAAGAAAAACAGCCGCACCGAAGCGCUAGAUCUCGACGGGGAUGGAGACGACAGCCAGCAGGAUGGGAACAGCCGGCGGAAGAAGAAAGCCCGAACGACUUUUACCGGGCGGCAGAUCUUCGAGUUGGAAAAGCAAUUCGAGGUGAAGAAAUACCUCUCAUCGAGCGAGCGAACCGAAAUGGCCAAGCUGUUGAAUGUGACGGAGACACAAGUGAAAAUUUGGUUCCAAAAUCGCCGCACCAAGUGGAAAAAGCAAGACGGCGAAUCAGCGGCAGGUACCGCAAAUUCAUCGAAAGAGUCAAAAUCACCUAAGCCUCCAUCAUCCUCCCCUUCGACCCUUCCAUCUCCCACUCCUGCGUUCCCAACCGCUCCUUCUUCCUCUUCCUCCUCUGCCUACUCUCCGCACCCCGUCCCAGACGUUCCCGGAAGUCUCCAACCAGCCAAGCAACCAACCAAGCAUUUCCCCAAAAACAGUGCCAAAGUGCGCCGGUCCAAAUCCGGCGAUGCCAUCGUCUCCGAUCUCCCCCAGGAACCUCCUAUGCCCAAAGCACCCGCAAAGGAUCCGAAAAAGUUCCUCAGCCCGCUGGAAGCUUCCCUUCCCAAUCCGUUUGCUUCCAUUCUCGAUCGAACCGGAAGUCCUUCGAAAGACGUCGAAAGCCGAAUUUCCGCAUCCAAGAUAUCGCUGGAUGCCAUCUGCAAUGCCACCAACUUCCUGAUGAAACCUUCACCCCCGCCCAGUAACUCCCUUCCUCCACCGCCCCCUCCGCUGCCCAGCGAUCGACAUCUAGCGUUUGGCGCCAUCGAGGACAUGACCGACAUGGAGUAGGCAGUUCAACGAUUCCACCACCCGGAGAAGACACAUAUGCGCAAUACUCAUCAUCACCCUUCUCGUCUGCAGUGUUUGUGUGCUUUCCCUCUACCCCUGUCCCCCAACUAGAUAUAUCGAUACAAAGUCAUAUGAAAUACCAACCAAUCUAGUGGUACCCUAGGAUUAAGUCGUUUCGGAUAGCAGAGUUGAAAAUUAUCAUCAAACAAAUUAAACAGUGAGAGAUUGAUUACAAUAAAUGAAACCAAUUGAAAAUCUUA